UCAAUGUCAGCGAGACCAAAUACAUCCAAGAUGUCCGGCUCUUGUUGCCGUUGACCCCGGAGUCUUUCUUAUCUGUAGAAUCCUCCUGCCAUGCAUGUGGUUGAAGCAAGACUCUGCAAGGCUAUGGCUGAUCGACUUUCAGAGCUUCCUCAUCAGGGCUAGAUUUUGCCUAUCUCACGGUCCGUCUCACCACUAAUAUAAUUGGGCCUAACGGUUUGCACUUCUGUUGAGUCACAAAAAAAUUACGCCGUCUCUGUUCUUCAAGAAUGCAAUUGCCAUGGCCGUGGAAGAACCUCCUUCAGAAAUAUCCCCUCUUCUAGGACCACAGCACAAUGGCGGCACGUCCAGCACCCAGAUUACAAUCCCCGUCGAGACGGGCACCGCCACUGACGAGCCCGUUGAUGUCGAAAACGCCAUCGGCCGCACUGACUCUGUCGAUGAGAGCAGAGCCGCUCAGUUCAAAGGCAACCCCGAUGUCAUCAAACAGCUGAAGUACAUCGUGCCAGCGGUUUCUAUUGGCGUCUUUCUUGCGGCCGCAGAUCAGACCAUCAUCGUCAGCAGCUAUGGUCGGAUUGGAAGCGACCUCGACGCCUUGAAUCUGACUUCUUGGAUAGCUACCUCCUACUUCUUGACCCUGACAUCUUUCCAGCCGCUAUACGGAAAACUUAGCGACAUCUUUGGCCGGAAGCCAUGUCUACUGUUCGCCUACACCAUCUUCGGGCUGGGAUGCUUGUUCUGCGGUCUAGCGCGCAAUAUCAACGAGCUCAUUGCUGCCCGCGUCGUUCAGGGUAUCGGCGGUGGCGGUAUGAGUACCGUGGUCAGCAUCUUGUUUAGUGAUAUCGUCCCGCUGAAAGAUCGUGGUCUGUGGCAAGGUAUAAUCAACAUUGUGUACGCCUCGGGAGCUAGUACUGGAGCCCCUCUUGGUGGGCUUCUCGCCGACUACGUGGGCUGGAGAUGGUCCUUUAUCGGUCAAGUACCGCUGUGCCUCGCCGCGUUCAUUGCAGCAUGGCUGACUCUGCAACUGCCUGCACCGGAAGAGCAAGACUGGAAGAAGAAACUGCGACGGAUCGACUUCCUGGGUGCAACCGUGCUGAUCGCUGCAGUAUUCGGUCUUAUCUUUGGCAUGGACCGUGGGUCGAACGUCUCAUGGUCAAUCCCAAUCAGCUACGUGCCGUUGAUUGCUUCGGUGGUACUCUUUGGGGUGCUCAUCUACGUUGAAACACGAGUGGCCGCGGAACCAUUCGCUCCAGGGCACAUCAUCUUUGAGCGCACUAUGUUUGCGGCCUAUCUAUGCAACUUCUUCAGCUUCGCGGGCUGGCUCGCAGCCAUAUACUACCUGCCGCUCUUCUACCAGGCCGUCGACGGCCUCAGUGCCACAGGGGCCGCAGUGCGCAUGAUUCCGGCAAUCAUUUCCGGUGUUUUGGGUUCCCUCUUCGGAGGCAUCCGUAUGAGAAAGACCGGCAGGUAUUACUGGUUAACUGUCGGCGCCUACGCUUUGUUAGUAUUGGGGAUGGUUUUUGUCCUCAUUUUCAGUGGCCCCGUGCUCAACAACACGUACGCAAUCACUGUUGGUAUCAUGCUGUGCGCAUUCGGGAAUGGGAUUGGCGUCACCACAUCUCUUAUUGCACUGAUCGCGAAUGCAGCGCCAGAAGACCAGGCGGUAGCUACGGCGUGUUCCUACCUGUUCCGCUCGUUGGGUUCCGUUAUUGGGAUCUCUUUGAGCGCCACGGUCAUCCAGCAGCGAUUGAGGAACGCCCUGGCCAGCAGACUGGGUAAUGGAAAGGACGCGCAGGAGAUUGAGGAAGGCGUGCGAAGAAGCUUGGACUAUCUCAAGAAGCUGGAGCCUGGAGUCAGGAAGCUUGUCAGGCAGGCUUAUGGUGAUGCAAUAACGCAUGGGUAUGGGAUGAUGUUGGGAAUCGUCUCGGGUGCGGCUAUCGCAAGUUGGUUUCUCAGGGAGAAGAGGCUGAGCAGAUGAAGCACACAUGUACUGCAAAAUGCCUUCAACAUGCGCAUCGUUUUCGAAGGUGUUGCU